GUGGCCUGCAUGCAGUUUAUAAAUGCGCUUGUCACAUCUCCUUAUGAGCUUGAUUUUCGAAUACAUUUAAGGAAUGAAUUCCUUCGUUCAGGACUAAAAACAAUGUUACCAGAUUUGAAAGAAAAAGAGAAUGAUGAGCUUGAUAUUCAGUUGAAAGUAUUUGAUGAGAACAAAGAGGACGACCUAACUGAAUUAUCACACCGUCUCAAUGACAUUCGCGCAGAAAUGGAUGAUAUGAAUGAAGUAUACCAUCUUCUGUAUAAUAUGUUGAAGGACACUGCUGCUGAAAAUUAUUUAUUAUCCAUUCUACAACAUUUUUUGCUCAUCAGAAAUGACUAUUAUAUCAGGCCGCAGUAUUACAAAAUAAUUGAGGAGUGUGUUUCACAGAUAGUGCUGCACUGCAGUGGAAUGGAUCCAGAUUUCAAGUAUAGACAAAGAUUAGACAUUGAUUUGGCUCAUCUGAUAGAUUCUUGUGUGAAUAAGGCAAAAGUUGAAGAAAGUGAACAAAAAGCAGCAGAAUUCUCAAAGAAGUUCGAUGAAGAAUUCACAGCUCGACAGGAAGCUCAAGCUGAGCUUCAAAAAAGAGAAGAAAAAAUCAAAGAACUUGAAAAAGAAAUCCAGCAACUUCGAACCCAG